CCGAUUCCCACCCCUAGAGAGAGCCAUUGUUGUAACAGAUGCCAGGACUGAGAAAUCAAUACUCAAAAGACCAACACGUCUCAGAUCACAAUCUAAAGCAAUCGCCAAACAUAGCUCUAAUGAAGAACUCUACUUAAUUCGACUCCAACUAGAAACCUUGAUCGUCAGAGCAUUAAGAACACAUGCUGCACCUAUCGCAUCUAUCUCGAGAAGAACUAAUCCAUAGAAAAGAUUGUGAUGUCCAAGAGUUUUACUAUUUUAGCUUAACCCUUUUACAACGAUGCAACUAGACAGCUAGAUACAGUUUCUUCUUGAAUUCCCAUGGCUCUUCGAUCCCUUCAUCUAUCUUUAGUAAGUCUCACUAUCAAGCUUAAGAUACCAUAGUCGACCUUACACUUUUACCUUCGCUUUCCCUUUGUCACUCACUCUUCCACAGUUCCUUGUCCGUGUAUGAUUUAGCUUUACUUUAUUACUUAAUAAAAUAGCAGACGCCGGACGGGUCACAUUCGCUUCCCCUGCCACUACCAAAAACAGAGCACAGCACUCUCUCUGCCUCCGGCCCUGUUAAUUCCUUCAAACACUCGAACAUGGCUUCUUCUUCCCCUGUUUCAUCAUCACUCAAAGCAAGCUUAUCCGCAGCCGCCUCCGCGGCCGCAGCCAUCAUGGUGGCCCGUUCCGUGGCACAGGACUUCCUCCCUGACGAAUUCCACGACUACCUAACCUUCUACAUCCGCAAAUUCCUCAGCCAAUUCUCCUCCCAGCUCACCAUGGUCGUCAACGAAUUCGACGACCGGCUGGUCCCCAACCAAAUCUACGACGCCGCCGAGACCUACCUCGCCAGCAGGAUCAACCCGUCGACGAAGCGGCUCAACGUCAGCCAGCCCGACAAGGAGAACACGAUUCAGAUCAGGAUGGAGAGGCACGAGGAGGUCACCGACGAGUUCGAGGGCGUGAAGUUCAAUUGGAUUCUGCGAUCCAAAAAAAUCCAGUCCCCACCGAGGAGGAGGCUCGGAUCAUCGCGCGAUGACGACGACGAUUUAUUAAUGCUCUCCCACGCUAAGUUUUUCGAGGUCAGUUUCCCCAAACAGCACCAGGAAAUGGCGGUGAAAUCCUACUUCCCCCACAUCGUCAGGGAAGCCAGAGCGAUGAAGCAGGAGAAGAGGACGCUCAAGAUCUUCACCGUGGAGCCCGAGAAUCUGUACGGGGACAUCUCCGAAGUGUGGACGGGGGUAAAUCUCGACCAUCCGGCGACAUUCGAUACUCUGGCUCUCGAUACAGAGCUCAAGAACAAUAUCCUGACGGACCUGGAGCGGUUCGUCAAGAGGAAGGACUACUACAAGAGAGUCGGGAAAGCGUGGAAAAGAGGCUACUUAUUGUACGGCCCUCCCGGUACGGGCAAAUCGAGCCUGAUCGCGGCGAUGGCGAACUACCUGAAUUUCGACGUCUACGACCUCGAGCUGACCGAGCUGAGGGAGAAUUCCGAGCUCAGGAAGCUGAUCAUUGCGACCGCGAACCAGUCGAUUUUGGUGGUGGAGGACAUCGACUGCACGGUCGAUUUUCAGGAUCGGUCCGCCGCCGCGGAUAAUUCGAAUUCGAAUUCGGGUCAGAGGCGGCACGUGACGCUGUCCGGGUUGCUGAAUUUCAUCGACGGGCUGUGGUCGAGCUGCGGCGACGAGCGGAUCAUAGUGUUCACGACGAAUCACAAGGAGAAGCUGGAUUCGGCGCUGCUGCGGCCCGGGAGGAUGGAUAUGCACAUCAAUCUGUCUUACUGUACUCCUUGUGGGUUCAGGAUUCUGGCUGAAAAUUACCUUGGGGUGAAGGAUCACGAGCUGUUCGAUGAGAUCGAGGGGCGGAUUUCUGAGGCAGAGGUGACUCCGGCUGAAGUGGCGGAGCAGCUGAUGAGGAAUGAUGAUGAUGAUGGUGAUUCGGUAGGUGUGCUUGCUAGGCUGAUUGAGUUUCUGAAGUUGAAGAAGAAGGAUGAAGAGAAAGGAGAAGUGGAAAGGAAGAGCGGAGAGAAGCAAGAGAUUGGGGACAGUGGAUCAAGCAGCGGCAGUGAUGACGAAGACUGAAUUCUUGAUCAGAAGUUUUGUGUUCAAUGUGGUUAAAUUAGUAGUGGUUUGUAAUUUGCCACUUGAUAUUCGUUGUAGAGGUUAGAUUCAUAAUUAUUUUUAUAUAAAGAUUCAUACUUUAUUAUUAGUUUGAGUUAAUUUUUUAAAUCAUAUCGUAUUAUUAUUAUUAUGCAUAUGAAAGUUAAUAAGUUAUAACCUAAAAG